AGGGUCAUUGGGAAGAUGGGCACAUCCUAUUACAUAGAGCUCCAAUGUGCAUAUUUGAUGCUCAGAGAAUUUUUUGGCCUCACAGCUGGGGACUCCUUCUCACAGUUCCGGUUUGCAGAGGAGAAAGAAUGGGAUGGUGAAGCUUCGUGUCCCAAGCAGAAUUCAGCACUUUAUGUGGAUAGUGUGUCACUGGUCCGAGCCCUUCAGGAACUGCCUCUCUCACUUCGACUCAAUGUGGAGGCUGAGUUGAUCCAGACUAUGGUUCCUUUAGAGCUUCCUCAGGUGAAACCAAAGAGAAAUGAUGAGGGCAAGGGACUAGGAAUGCAGUUAAAGGGGCCCCUGGGGCCUGGAGGAAGAGGCCCCAUCUCGGAGCUGAGGUCUUCUACUUCUGGCCGCCCUGGGUCCCUGGGCAAAGACAGCCCAAGACCAGGUCCUUCAGCGGCUUCUCAGAAACCCGAUUCCCCACUGCAGUCAGCAGCAGACCAUUUGGAAGAAGAACUAGAUCUGCUGCUUAAUUUAGAUGCGCCUGUAAAAGAGGAAGAUAACAUCUUACCAGAACAGACAUCUCAGGACCUGAAAUCUGAGAAAGAUGGCCCGGUGGCACAAGACGAACAAGUUCCUGCAAAACCAUCUGUGACUGAAGAAAAGAACACAGACUCUGAGCAACCAAGUACAUCUAAAAAUGUUACCGAGGAAGAACUAGAAGACUGGUUGGACAGCAUGAUUUCUUAAAGAAGAACUAAAAAAAAAGUGCCUGAAGCAAAUUUUAGUGGCCUUUUCAUUGCAGGCAGGCAUGAGACUGGCCUUAGGGCCGGCUCCUUUACCAGUGUGCCCCCAGCUGGUGUCCCGCACUGGGCUUUUGCAGCAGCCUGCCUCUGCCUCUUCCUGACAGCAUUGGGAAUAAUAGCCGCAUGGGGCCUGUUGUUUGUUUUCUGGCUUCAUAACCCAAUAGCUUUCCUUAAGGCAGGGUGUCACAGCAACAUUUUCAUCUUCCUUGCUCUUGAUAUUUACAGCAUAGCAGGUGCUGCUUCCUAGAAAAACACAUAACAAGCAACCGGGCAUGCAUUUGGCCAAAAUAAAUAUUCUCUGGUCUGUGGA